CGAAUGGAUUCACUGUGGAAAAUUAAUCGCAAAAAUAUUGCCAAUUUUUCUUAUGUAAAUUUCAUACAAAUAAAAUAACAACAAAUAAACAAAAUUUACAAGUAACGUCAGUGAGAAGUGUUUUUAGUGCAAUUAGAAAAACGUAAAACAGUGUUUUUAAAUUAUUUUCAUAUAAAUAAUAAUUCAUAAUUGUUAAUUAUUAUUUGCUACGCUAAAUUUUCCAUUACUUUCCGUCGUUUAUAAAAUAAAUAUAGCUUUUUAAAUAAAAAGAAAACAGCAUUCUUUUUGUGUAAGGAAAAAUUAAUAAAGAAAGAGUUUAAAGGAAAAUAAAAACUGUUAUAAAAGUGUAAUUAAAAAACUAAAAUGACUGACAUAGAAAGCAUAACAGACUCUAGCGAAGUACCUAAAAAAGUGUUUUCUAUAAAAGUCUGUUUCCUAACACUAUUUCAUAUUAUUUACCUUAUUUUAUACAAUUUUGUCAUCAUUUACGGCUGUACUAUUUGGCUUGGCAUCGCCGAGGAAGAGGCAAAGGAGAUUCCUUUAAGGAAUUUACAAGUAUUCACUCCUUUGUUUAUAACCAAUUGGAACUAUCUGUUCCAGACAUUGUUUCUCUUUCUCGCCUUCGCUCAUGAUGUUCUCGAGUGGGCGAGCAAGCAGGACAGCCCUAUCGCCAGCAAGAUUCGCUUCUGGAGAGAUAUUCUCUUCAAAGGCCUUGUCGUGCCUUAUACUUGUUUCGUCUUCACCAUGUUCUGGACGCUGUACUCCAUCGACCGUGAGCUAGUAUUCCCAGCAGUCUACGACACUGUCAUACCCUGGUGGUUCAACCAGUGUGUGCACAGCAACAUCCUUCUACUUCUGGUGGUGGAGGCGUUGCUGCAGCCGCGAAGAGGACCUACUCAUCAUGUGCUGGAGCUCAGUUUAAAUGCAGCCAUUGGGAUAUUAUACGCUAUUGUGUACUACUCUAUUUACUUCUUCGCUGGUCGCUGGUUAUAUAACGUGUUUGGCAUCAUGACCUGGUGGCAAGUAUGCCUGUUCCAGCUGCUUAUCUGGUUCUCCUCCUACGUCUUCUAUGAGAUGCAGUUCCCUAUCAACAGGAUGAUUCAUGGGCCGGAAGCAGAACAACACAAAGAAGCAGACUCCAUUACAGAACAAAAUCCUCAAAAUGGAGAAGUAGAUAACAAAGAUAAGAAUGAAAAAUCGAAUGGAGAAGUGGCGAAGAAUGGAGAAAUUACGAAGAAUGGACUCCACACAAACGUGGACUUAGAAACCCCACCUUUCUCAAGCAAGUCUUGGAGUUUAAAAUAUAGAAGUCUGAGAAAUCAGUUUGAAAAAACAAAACUAUGAUAAUAGAAUGUAAUACUACUAAUAAGCAUUUGAUAUUGAGAUAAUAUGAAGUGUUACUUGCAAACCUAUCUAGCGGUGGCGAUGUGACUAAGAGGGUAAAGUUAUUUGAUGUAGAAUGAGGAUAAUCUCAUCAUCAUUUCCCCAGCGUAAACCUCAAUACCGACCCCGCCGGUGUGGUGCAAAAUUCCCUCAUUCAGCGCUUAUAUGCUAGACGCUUUGAGGCGAGGUUUGCACCCAACUGGGCACCUUCAGGCCUGUUGUCUUAAUUUUUUUACCGUAUGAGAGUGUUCAGCGCUCCCCAUUUGCCGCAAAUGACAUUAACUACUUGGCCGGAUAAAUGGGGAGGACUGAGGGCUGUACAAAAUUAAAGAUAACAUGCUUGAGGGUGCUCAGUUGGGCGUGAACCUCGGCUCAGGGCGUCGUCUGAGAGGAAGAAUAUUUUAAAGAAUUAAUCGACCCUAGUACGAUAGCGAUAAGCGCUGAAUGAGGGAGCCGCAUGAUAAUCGGUUCGGUGAUUGUAGAAAAAUAAGUAGAAGUGAACAGAGCUUACUCCUAUUAUAAGAAAGAAACAGAACUUACGGUAUUUCAAAACAAAAACUUGUGAUAUGUUAGAAAUGACACAUUCGCCUGUCGGUUUUUACGACAUAACUGAUCGCGUUUUAUGUUAAUUAUUCGCUUGUAGUUUUAUAGUUUUAGUCCGAAUUAUCUCGGUUUAAAUGGGUUUAGAUAACAAUAUUUUAUUUUAUAAUAAGUAGUCAGGUACCUAGGUAAUAAUAAAAUCUUUGAAUUAUUGUUCCUAAAUGUCUCUGCAAUAUUUAGUGUAAGUAAGU